GCUUCUAUAAAUUUAGCCUUACCUAUGUCUUCGUCAAUACGGUUCUGCUUGAAAUAGCUUACAUUUGUUUUGUGAAGUGAUACAAUGUAAAUAACAUAAUAUAUAUGCGUAGGGUCUCAUAGUAAAUCAAUAGAUUUUAUCGCGUUCUUUAAAAUAAUUCAAGGAGGCCUUGUGAUAUUAGUAGCCUAAAUCAUGGAUUUUAGCAGAAGGAGAGUCGUGCUUACACCUGAACAAGGAGCUUUGGCUGAAUUAUACCCACACGAUCUUCAAAUGUACAUUGUACCACCUAUCAAUGAUAUUUCUCUUUCAGAAUUUCAGGAACUUGCGGUUUCUAGACUGACAGUUCUGCGAAUCAUAGAGCAAGUAAGUUCCCGAGGAUUGGCAAAAAACUCAGAUGAGUGGAAGAAAGCAGUUGCUGAUGAAAUCAAGAAACACCCUGGACUUAAAUUCUUUCACAAAUUGAUUACAAGCCAUGGUACUUCUAAAGAGCCAGACUACUCAGCGAGGAAAGCUGACCAUAUUUCACACUUUGUACUUCGUCUCGCUUUCUGUCGCACUGAGGAGUUGAAAAGAUGGUUCAUCAGUAGGGAGUUGGAUUUAUUUAAGUUGAGAUGGCUUAAUUUGUCAAAUGAAGGGAAAGCAGAAUUUAUUCGGAUUAACAAUCUCAACUACAAACCAAUACCGUCUGAAGAUUUGAGUCAAAUUGUUGAGAUGUCGUACGGGGUGAUUUCCAGUUCAUUGGAUUACUACAAGGUGUCUUUCACUACAGUAUUGGACUUGGUGAGAAGUCGCAAAGUGUUCUUACACUUGGGAUAUGCUUACAUCACAAACAACGAGAUUAUUUCAGUUAUACUUACUAUGGUUAGAAACAGGCUUUCAAACGAGUUAUCGAGGACUGCACGACUACUUCCAUCCAUGGAAGCUACUGGGGAAGACCAAGACAGAAUCUUUAGAUAUUUGAAGUCCCUCCCUCAUGCAUACAUUGGUGAAGACUAUUCAACCAGGAAAUCUGGAGACAAAGUUCCAAUAGAGUGUAUUGAUUCUCUUGCGAGGCAGAGCUUCCCACUUUGUAUGCGGCAGUUGCACUACAGACUGCGCCAGGAUCACAAGUUGCGUCAUCACGGUCGGCUACAGUACGCUAUGUUCCUCAAAGGUAUUGGAGUCACGUUGGAAGACAUCACCACCAUGUGGCGCGAGGAGUGGGCCAAAGUGGAACCGGAAAAGUUUGAAAAAGGCGGUGUUGCCUACCUUCUGAGGCACAGUUACGGCAAGGAGGGUAAGAGGACGAACUACACGCCUCAUAGCUGUAUGAAGAUUAUCAAUGCCAGCGUGACGACAGGUGAUCAGCACGGUUGUCCAUUCAAACACAAUGAUGUGUCUACAAUCCGCCUGCAACUUAACCAAAGCAACGUACCCGCUGCAGAUGUCCAAGAGACAGUUGACCUGAUCAACAGAGGACAUUACCAGCUGGCCUGCACCAAGUACUUUGAACUGACCCACGGACAACCUCCAGAGCGGCUGAUCAACCAUCCCAACCAGUACUUUGAGGAUAGUCAAAAUGUGAAGAGCGGAAAGGCUGGUGUACGGAAGAAAGAGAUUACAGCCAUUACAGCGACCCCAGUUGCUGCUACUAGUUCAAAGUCUGAUGGACAACAGGACGUGUGGGGUGACUUAGCCGAUGAUGAUCUUAUGAGUGUUGACAUGCAGUGAAAAGAUACAUUGUAUGAUUUAGAAAGUAAUGUGUGAUUGUCUUACUACAACAUCUAUGUUAAUUAGAAUUAUGUCCUACAAACUUUAAACAUUAAAAAGUUGAUUGCGCAUGCGCAUAAAUGGUCCAAUAUAUAUUUUGUUAGAGUUCUGAGCAAAGAAUUGUUUAUAAGUUUGUUAGGUUGUUGUUAUAGAUUUAAAUUAUUUUGUACCGUAUUGUAAUUGAUUAAUGGGCCCAUGUUUUCUCUUUGAAGACUUUGCUGUAUCUUUUUACCUUAACAUGUACAUUGUAUGGUAGUCGAUUCAGGACAAUCUUAGAAAGAAAAGUUGUGUCAGUUUGUGGUUACUUGUAAAUUCUUUAGAAAAACAAUACUUUUACUUAGUUGUUUGAAAAUAACAAACAAAAUAUCAAUAUGUUCACAUUUAGACAAUAUUUUUCCACUAAUUGAUUGUAAGCAUCAUUGGUUCUAACUUUAUUUCCAUAUUAAUUAAUUACUGUAAGCCAUUAUAAAAUUUGUGAUUGCCAUUAAGGCAAAUUGAAACCAAUAAAUUACUUAACACAUGUGUUACAAAUCUGUUUGAUUCAAAUACACACUAACUCUUUCAGUUUUUAUAUGUUAUGCUGGGCAAUACUUAUUUUCUUUUACACAUAUUAAGUUACAUUUAA